UAUUAUUGGAAUUGAAAUAGAUAGUAGUGUUUGAUUCUGGUGAUCAGAUCGAUCAAUUAGCAGCGAAUUGAGCAUGGCGAAAACGGUAUUGGGUAACCCUCUGGUUGUGAUCAGCCCGGAAUACUGUGCUCCUCAUCAUCUUCAAAUCUCAAUCAAGAAAAAGGUUUACUUUUUGGCUGGCAACGGAUAUGAAGUUAAAGAUGCCGCCAAUGGCACAAUCCUCUUCAAAGUCGAAAACAUCCCCACUUUCUUCAACAGCAAGGUCGUCGUCUAUGAUCCUGCCGGAAACUCCAUCCUCACUCUCCGACGAAAGGCAUUUACAUGGCGAACGAGAUGGAAAGUUUACAGGGGAGAAAGCAAAGAGGAGAAAGACCUCAUCUUCAGCGCAAGAGAAUCUUCGGCGUUUCAGUUCACCACAAACCUAGACGUGUUUUUAGCCGGCAACACAUCGGAACAAGCGUGCGAUUAUAAGAUGAAGACAAGCUACGGGCAGUCGACGUGCGAUAUCUACGUUAAACCAUCUUCUACCUUAAUUGCUCAGAUGAAGAAGAAAGUGACGGCGGGGAGUAUAUUCCUGGGAAAGGAUAAUUUCACGGUGACGCUGCAGCCAAACGUGGAUCAAGCCUUCAUUGUUGCUCUCAUAGUAAUUCUCCAAGAGAUCGUCGACUCAAGAAGAAGAAAUCAUAGUUCUUCAUGAGUAGAUCUAGUUGAUGCUAUAAACCUUUGAAAUUUUAGUUUUAACCAUUUUGUGGGGGUGUGUAUAAGUGUAUUGUUUAUUGUUCUUGAAAAAAUGUUACGGUUCAUGAUGUAAUUACUUGUAAAUUAUACGGAGUAUUGUUUUAUUAGCAAUUCAAUUAUUUAAUAUUUUCAUUCCAA